AUGAAGAGUCCAACUAUCGGCAAUCAGCAUUCAUCGAAGCGUAAGCGAUUGGUGACUUCCUGCUCGGAAUGUUAUCGCAGAAAACAAAGGUGUAACCGUAAGAAUCCGUGUAACAAUUGUCUGGCGCGCAAUAUACCCAAUAAGUGCAUGUUCAGUACUUCGCCACAGCACACACCAGCUAGGGUACAACAGCUACCGGUUUCAACAGUCUCAACUAUUCAAGUCAGUACGGGUACAGCCCAAUCGUCAGGAAUUGGCGGCGAAAGUACUCAAGACUCUGUCGAUCUUGGCUACUCGUUGGUGUCUGGCGAUAAUUCCUUUGUUGGUCUACAAGAGCUCCCCUCGAGAAGCGUUAUUGAAGCACUGGUUGACUUCUUUUUCGAUGAAGUGAACUGGCAUUACUUUAUACUUGAACGACUAUACUUCAAUGAUAUUUUUUCACGCUGGCCGCCUAAAGAAAGGACAGAGCCCGUCAAGUAUCUGAAAUCCACGCAACUUUCGAUGGAAUUACGAUAUUUCCCCUCCCUACUGUUCCAGGUCAUCGCCUUGGCAGUGCAAUUUCUACCGCCUGAUUGGGAUGUUUUACCGGAACCGUCGUUAAGAGGACUUGCUAGUUCACGGACGUAUAGUGAUCUAGGUGAUGAAUUGUUAUACUUCUUGAGACGGCCUGGACUUGCCCUCGCCGCAGUCCAAGCGGACUUUCUGAGGUCAUCUUGGUUGAAGAACUAUGGGCGAGGUGUUGAAUCCUGGCAUGCUGUUGGCAAUUCUAUCAGUCGCAGACAAGCGCAGGAACUUGGGUUACAUCGCCAAAGGGAGAUAUACCAAUCAAGAGACACUAAUGUGGAGGAAACGCUAAGUAUGUUCUGGUAUGAACAACAUAAGAAGCGCAUAUGGAUCAACCUCUUUGUGUGGGAUGGCUACAUGGCCAUGCUUCUCGGCCGCCCUCGGAUGAUUCACAUGGACGACUGUGAUGUGGAGCCACCCAUGGAUUGCAAUAUACCUGGUGAUCCAUCCACAGCUGUGCCAAUGACGGUCCGCCCCGAAGACAGCCAGAGUAUAUCUACGGCUUCGGCGCCUCUUUAUCGAUACGCCAUGGCGUGCAAAGCACACGAGAUGCGAGCUCUCAGAGCGGAUCGCCCUCAUCUAAAGGACUACUCUAUUGUUAGAACACUCCACGACGAAAUAAUGUCAUUGGUGGAAGCACUGCCUGCAUUUUUGCGGGUAAAGAACCCUGACACCACCCGGGACGCAGACAUUCCAUACCUACCACAGCUCCGCCAAGAAGUGCAAGUCAUGACGAAUUUGUUUCUAAUGACGCUACACCGGCCGCAUAUCAUUUCUAAUCUAGAGAGCCGGAGAGCCGCUCUACAGGCCGCACUUGAAACGCUUGAUUCACAGCAAUCCUUCUUUGCGCAUGCUAAACAGCAUCAAUACCAGUUAUUUGGCUUUGCUUUCUACACUGUCGAUGCCUCAUUUUUAGUCUCCAUCAUCACGAUUCUGUUUCCGCCACAGAACAGUGAGACGAGGCAAAAAAUCAGCCAUAGCCUCCACCAAGCGAUUGAGAGUCUCUCUAUUAUGCAGACUUCAAAUGCGAUAGCGGCUUCGGGCUUAGAUAUUAUCCAGCGUUGCUAUCAAAAGUUGAAGAGCUCUCCCGAAUCAUCCAGCAGCAUAUCUGACGCGAGGACGCCCUCGUAUUAUACCCCAUCCAAUACAAUUUCGGGACUUGCUUCUUCGACUCCUCUACCUCAACCAACCUUGGACAACUUCAAUCAAACGUAUUGGUUGGAUCAGUUGAAUGCCAUUGACCCACUCAUUUAUGACCAAGAUUUCGGAAAUCUGUGGGAGAACAUUAAUUUUGACUGA